AUCCGAAACGCUGCUUGAAAAUAUUUUUUUUAUAUAUAAGGUGUCGAAUUUUUUAAGAAUUUUGGAUAUUUUAGUAUUUUUAAUUUUCUCCCUUCAGAAAAUUUUGAAACAAUUACUUAUUCAGCUGGACGAGCUCUAUCCGACCAUGUAUAAGUAAGUGGAAGAAAAAAAGUGCUGGAAUUUCCGGCAUUCAAUUUUAUCAUGAUGACAUUUAUCGCCAUUAAUCUUACUCGUAACCCUAUAACAACCUCUAUUUUUCUAAAGAAUAUUAAGAAAAUGUUGCGAUUCUAUUACAAGUUGACAUAGUACUACUAAACUAAUUUAAGUGACUGUAGAUUGAAAAAGAAUCGCAACAUUUUCGUAGUAUUCUUUAGGACAAUAGAGGUUGUUAUAGGGUUACGCGUGACAUUAAUGGCAAUCAAUGUCAUCAUGCUUGUUGUACAGGUGGUUGUUCUUUCGCUAGAUGGAGACGAUUGAAAUUAAACAUGUUCAAAAUGAAUCAUUCUCACCUAAUCAGUACAAUACAUUCUUAUCAGUUGAUACUGAUCAUGUAAAAUUAGCACAACAAUUCAAAAAGAUUGAGAGAGAUAUUAUUGAACUUACUUUGGAAAAUCAAAUAUUCAGAAAGACUUUAGAGGGUAAAAAAGUACAACAGAAUAAUGACACAGAGACAUCAUUACCUAACGUAUCUGAAUCCUCAAGUGAACGUUUAUUACGAAAACAUUCAAAAUCGCGUAAUAGUAACAAAAAUGAUUGUAAUCUUCGAUUAUUAACAUGGGAGCAAAAAUUAGAUAUAAUCAUAGCUGAACUCGAACAAAUGAAAAGUGAAAAACAAAAUACAACAAAUAUCGAUAAAAUCGAACUAUUAGAAGUACGUACAUAUAAACGUGAAAAAUUCAUGUAUUAUUUCAGCGAACGUCUCAAAUCUCGUGAAUCUAACACCAAUAAAUUACGUGAUAAAUCAUCAGAUUUAAUAUGUCAGAUAAAACGUCUAGAAGCACAAAUGACGCAAAAUGAAGAAAAUCAAACUUUAAAUGAGAUAAAUUUAAGUCAAUUAAAAAUAGAGAAUCAGCUGUGUUUGAAUAAAAUUGAUGAAAAAAAUGCAGAAUUAAUUGUUCUAAAAAAUGAAAUUGAAAAUAUGUCUGAACAAGGAGAUCAGAUUAAAAUUGCAUUACAAUUAGAAUCUAAAAAUUAUCAAACCAUAUUGAAUAACAUUAAAAAACAGGAAGAGUUAAUAGAUCAAACUCAGCAAGACAUUAUUUAUUUACAACAAGAAAUCGUUGAUGCUGAAAAUACGAAUAAAAUGUUGAUUGGACAACGACAAAAUUAUAAAUUAUCUGAUGCAUUUAGUUAUGUUAAAAAGAAAUCAUUGUUUUAUCAAUUACAACAAGAUGUGCAAGUUUGGGAAAGAAAAGUAGAAAUAGCAAAGGUAUUUAACUACUUUCUAUUAAUUUAUCUAAUCUACUAUUGAUUAAAAAAUUGUUACGUAGUGUUAACCGUAACUUGUAUCCUUCCUUGUGUCAGUGCCAACAAUGAAUUGUGUUUUCAUGUUUUAUUACCAAAAGCUUGUUCAGAUAUAAUAUGAACUAAUACGGGUCAAUAGUAGGAUUUACUUUCGAUUCGUUCCUAAUUGCUCUCUCUCAAUUCGUCCCACAUUUUUUAGUCUCAAUCCGUCUCAUUUUUUAAAUACUUAUUCUAGAUAAGUUCUCUUAUAACUUAACUUUCAGAAAUGGAAACAAAAAAAUAUUAUUAAUACAUUGUCUUUAUUCUAUCUGAAUUGUUACGGCUAGAGCCCAUCGGGUCCAUGAUUUUUGUACCCGGACCCGAUGAUAAAAAUUUAUUCAAAUCCGGACCGGACCCCGACCCGGCUGGUUAAAUUUUUUUUGUACCCGGACCCGCUCAAACAAAAUUCUCGAAUCCGAACCCAGUAAUUAAUUCUUUGUGAUCACUCAUUUGAGAUCUAUAAUGCAAAAUUCUAGUUCGGAUUUGAUAAUCGAUCCAAAGAUAGGAUAUCCUUUUUUUUCAUUUUUUAUGUUCGACAAGUAACAUAUUCUACAUAUUCUUUAAG